CUUCUUCUUCUUCUUCUUCUUCUUCUUCUUCUUCUUCUUUCUUCUUUCUCUUUUUUCCGAUGUCAUGUAGCUCACGUUUACAGCUGCAAAAGAAGCGGAGCUUUUGUGUAACAGGGAAUCACAAGCUGCCACAAUCUGCUCCUCCUCCUCCUCCUCUUCUUCUCACUGCUCUCACUGCUGCCGCUGCUCCUUACUCUGCUGCCACUCUCGCUGCCACUGCUGCUGCUGCCGCCGCACGCAGUGCGCGCUCUGGCUCCGUGCGCACCGAAACGCAGGGCAUCUGGGCUGUGAGCUCGCGAUGUGAGCUGCUCUGGGAAGAGUUUAAGUGUUUUUCAGCAACUUUGCUCGGGUUUGACCGGACAGAUUGGGUUUGUUUCUGAGUUGAGUCUCUGGAGGGAAAGAAAAAAAAAGUGCCAGCGAUGUCGGCACGCAGCUUGGGCACCGUCUUUUACGCAUGUGCGCACUUAUGCUUGCUGGGGUGCGUUUUCCAAAGUGCGAACUCCCAGCGUGAGCCAAGACCCGCCAACCCUGGACCGGCGGCACUCAGGCAGACCAUCCAGUGGCAGCACAAUGGCAAGCUCUUCAGCCUGCUGAGCCAGGGCUCCGAGUACCAGCCGCCACUCCGGAGAGACGCGGACGCAGAGCAGCCAGAGGCCAAGAGACCAGUCGCUGUGAUCAGCAGACCCUCGAGGGUUGGUGGCGACCAGCCUGGAUCUUCCCAGCAUGCACGUGGACGUGGUGGUGCUCGUGCACGCUCGCGCGGAGGCGCCAGGGACCGCGCACCCGGCGCGCCAAGGAACGCCAACGGCACGGAAUGGGAAAACCGGCGCAACGACACCGCGCGCGAGGACGGCAUGGUUGGAGACGACCCCUACAACCCCUACAAGUCCACCGACCCGGACAACCCCUACUACAACUACUACGACACGUACGAAAGACCCAGCCCCAGAGAACGGCCCGGAUACGGCACAAGGUACUUUCAGUACGGUUUGCCGGACCUGGUGGCGGAUCCCUACUACAUCCAGGCCUCCACCUACGUCCAGAGGGUUCCAAUGUACAACCUCAGAUGUGCGGCGGAGGAGAACUGCCUCGCCAGCUCGGCCUACAGGUCCAGUGUGAGAGACUACGACACCCGCAUGCUGCUGCGCUUCCCCCAGCGGGUCAAGAACCAGGGCACCUCCGACUUCCUGCCCAGCCGGCCACGCUACGCCUGGGAGUGGCACAGCUGCCAUCAGCAUUACCACAGCAUGGACGAGUUCAGCCAUUACGACCUGUUGGAAGCCAGCUCUCAGAGACGGGUGGCUGAGGGCCACAAGGCCAGCUUCUGCCUGGAGGACAGUUCCUGUGACUACGGCUACUACCGACGUUUCGCCUGUACUGCUCACACACAGGGCCUGAGUCCAGGAUGUUACGACACUUACAAUGCCGACAUCGACUGCCAGUGGAUCGACAUCACUGAUGUGAAGCCUGGAAACUACAUCCUCAAGAUCAGUGUUAACCCCAGCUACACGGUACAGGAGUCUGACUACAGCAACAAUAUAGUGCGGUGUGAUAUUCGCUACACCGGAAACUACGCCUACGUAUCAGGAUGCCAUGUUUCACCAUAUUAAAGAUACGCUCGGAUCUUCUUCAGGACCAGGAGAGGCCUUUUAUCUGCCAGGAGCUUCACUGUGAGCCGACAUGAGGAAAAUCAGCCUGGAAAUAGAUUUAGAUUCUAUUAAUAAUAAGAGAACAGCAGAGUAGAGACUGCUCUGAGAGACGGGUGUGUCCGGAGUAGUAAAUCUCAGUAAAGCUCAGUAAAGUUCAGUAUGGUGCCUAAUUUUACGCUUAACUUCUUUUUUUUCUUUGAUUAAUUUUGACUCAUUAUUGUUGAAUGACUUGAUAUCUCAUGUAAAAUGAUGAAAAUGGUAGAAAAUUAUAAAUAAGGAGCAAAAUUUUUUUACAAAAAUCAGUUUAGAGUAUGACAAAUAAAGUUCUGAACCUGAAGACAGCUAAAGACACAGCGAUGAUUCUGCUGCCGCGUCUUAGCCGAUGUGACCAUACUAGCCUCAGCUCUCGACCCGAAACCUUCAUAUUGGUGCAGUUCAGAAGUUCAGGCUGCUCCAGGCUGGGUCCAGCUGGAGCUCCAUGCUCUAGUUUGCUAGAAUAAUGAUAUCCAUGUUACUAUAUUUGUGUAUUCUGAGUAAAUAUUUAACGUAAGCUCAUAUUACUGCAACACUUCUGUUUGUAUUAUGUGAAAAUGACUUGAAUAAAUCACGUUUCAUUCACUAAAUCA